GACUCCUUUGCACGAAUUCCUAUGCUCAACAAUGAAAAAUGCUCUUGGCCGCAGAAACAUCAAUAUGGACUUUAUUAAUAGUAAAAUUUGAAAAGAUGAGAAAUGAAGAAGACAGUCGAGUGAAAACACCAGCAGAGUCUAUUUCGGUGACCUCUGCAAAAAGCAGAGUUCUACAUAAGCGUUUCCAAGUAUUGGAGUCACAAGGAUUUGUAGUAGGAAAAUUUCUAGGUCAAGGAUCAUAUGCAUGUGUCCGUGCUGCGUAUGAUGUCAACCGAAAACACGAAGUAGCGGUCAAAAUAAUUUCAAAAAGGAAGGCGCCAGAAGACUAUUUAUCUAAAUUUUUACCUCGAGAAAUCGAUGUGAUCAAAGUUUUGAAGCAUCCGUAUUUAAUUCAAUUUUAUCAAGUGAUAGAGACGACGACAAGAUUUUUCUUAGUGAUGGAAUGUGGUCACGUUGAUUUAUUAGAUGUUAUACGUUCACGUAAAGCAAUAGAAGAAGAAACUGCUGGAAAAUGGUUUUAUCAAAUGUCACAAGGUAUCGGCUACAUGCAUAGUAAAGGAAUUGUACAUCGGGAUCUCAAAUGUGAAAAUUUGUUGCUUGAUAAAUAUGAAAACUUGAAGGUCACAGAUUUUGGAUUUGCGAAGAGACUUGUAAAAGGAAAAUUAGGAGAAAUUAAACCUAGUGAAACAUAUUGCGGAAGCUACGCAUACGCACCUCCAGAAAUUUUAAAAGGAUCUCCGUAUGAUCCAAUGAUUGCGGAUGUUUGGAGUAUGGGUGUCGUCCUAUUUACAAUGGUGUAUGGAAGGUUGCCAUUUGAUGAUUCCAAUCACAAGAAACUUCUUAGACAGACACAGCAGAAAGUAAUAUUUCCGGGGAAGCCAGUUGUAUCUCAAGAAUGCAGAAUAAUUAUGUUGAAAAUAUUUGUAAAAGUCAAUGAUCGAAUGCCGAUAGCAAACUUCCGUUUUGACAAAUGGUAUAAGAAAUUUGCGCCAUAUUCGGGGGACAAAGAUGAAUCAAAAAUAGCUUUACCACCCAUAAGGGCUGAUUCUCCAGGGGCAAUUGGUGUUGCAUCUGCAUAGGUUGGAUAGAAAAGUGGUUAUAUUUAAUAAAUAAAAAAUGUAAAACAAUA